AUGGAGGUGACGGCGGAGGGAGAGGCGGAUGAACGCAGGAGGGAACACUGGAAGCUGUUGUUCAGUUGAAGACCACAGUGGAAGGUCUUGUGUCCCCAACAAUCCCAUAGUGUGUGGUCUCGGUACGGUGGCCUUCAGCGGUCUGCAAAGACCAUGAACAAGAGCCUCGACCAUGGACUGAGAAUGAACAGGUGUAUUUAUAAGCACAGAGACUACUGGCCCUUUGUGUGGUGUGUUCGCUACAUCAGUCCUCACCUGGCCUCGCAUGUUGAACAGUUCAGUCGUCUGGAACCAGUCCUGAGCUCUGGGAUGCAGAGUACCGGUGAAAGCUACAAGGCUGAGCGCUGGCUGCUCCACAGUUUACAGGUUCAUAUGCUGUCGUCUCAGCUUCGACCUCUGCUCAGGCAUCUGGGACAUACACGUAAAUACUAUAAUGAUGAUGCCUUUCUGCUCAGUGAGCCUCAUGUAACCGCCAUGUUCCAGUGCCUAGAGGCUGUGGAGCAGAAUAACCCUAAACUCCUGGCUCAAGUCGACACUGUUGGCCUUUCUCCUCUGAAGGGCCCUCCAUGUCUGGGCCUGUUGAAGAGCCAGAGCCUGUGUGUUUUACCAGGAGCCCACAGUGCUUGGAGAAACGCUGAUGUGACUCCCAGGGGCGUGUCUCUGAACCGGCGCCUUACCACGUCCAACUGCUCCCUCCGUAACACUGACGCCAGCGCCCACCACUACAGCAACGCCAGCUCCCAAAACAGCACCAACAUGGAUGCUCUGUGCUCAGGCAGCAGCGUGGGUCCAUGGAUGUGUGUGUCCGGUCCAGGGAGCAGUGACCUGUUGGCGGUCCCUGGUGGGCCUGGGUCAGUGCCUUCCAUUUCUCUGACAGAGUCCCCGUCGUCCUCGUCCCUCCAACCUGAGGCUGUGGACUCUGCUGACGCUGACUAUGAUGAUGGUCCAGAGUACUUGGCUAUUGGGAACCUGGGCCAGCGCAGUCGCCAGGACUCCAGGAGUUCCAUCCACAGCAGUGAGCAGGAGGACAGCGGGAACAUUCCCUCAAACCACCUCUACUGGCACCACCUCCACCCAAGACGCUCUUCUUUCUCAGAAGGCCAGAGAGCGCCAGGACGAGGGUCCCGAGGACACACUCGCUCCUUUUCUGACACAGGAAUCAAUCAGAAACUUAGGAAUGGAGGGAGUCACCGGAAAAUCACCAUAAUAAUUGAAGAUCCUGUAGCAGGUUGGCAGUACAGUCCACUGUGCUCCAUCAAUGACCCUCACACCUCUGUGACUUUUCCCUCUGCAUGCUCACUCCAUGCCCACUACAGCUCCUUCGCACCUCAGCUCAGUGAUGGCAGCUCCUCCAGUACGCUCUACAUGGAGGCCCAUGGUUCCCAGUACAACGGUGUUCCAGAUGGGAUGUUCCGGAAGCCAUCGGAAGGCCAGAGCCUCAUCAGCUACCUGUCAGAGCAGGACUUUGGCAGCUGUGCUGACCUGGAGAAGGAGAACGCCCAUUUCAGCAUUUCAGAGUCCCUUAUCGCAGCCAUCGAACUGAUGAAGUAUAACCUGCGGCGUCAGGAAGAGGAGGGAGAAGAGGAGGGAGACAGCGACUGUGAGAUUCAGCAACUCAAACAGAAGAUCCGUCUGCGGAGGCAACAGAUCCGCCGCAGCCGCCUGCUCACAUGCUCCGCCUCCCAACACAUGUUUCAGUCCACGGACAGUGGCGGCUCCAGGAGAAGCUCCCAGGGCUCGGACCAGGGCCUGUCAGACUCCGGCUCAGCUGAGGAGGUUGACGAGUGCGAACUACGAGAUGGCUGUGAGGCUCAGUCCCUGCUGGCGGUGUCACAGAGCGGCCUGUCCCUGUCACUGGCCUCCCUCUUCUCAGAUGCAGAUAUUAAACGCAGCGUCAGUUCCAGCAGUAAAUCUUUCCUCAGCUCAGACUCCAUCUCCCCUUCCUUCCUCCAGUCCAACUCUGCUGAGUCAGUCGCCAUGGGUUUGCUCCGGCAGUUUGAAGGGAUGCAGCUUCCUGCUGCCUCUGAGCUGGACUGGCUGGUCCCAGAACAUGACGCUCCACAGAAGCUCCUGCCCAUUCCUGACUCUCUGCCAAUCUCUCCCGACGAUGGCGAACAUGCAGACAUUUACAAACUAAGAAUUCGUGUUCGAGGCAACCUGGAAUGGGCGCCGCCACGGCCACAGAUCAUCUUCAACAUCCACCCUGCCCCCAAGAGAAAGGUUGUUGUGGCUAAACAGAACUACCGCUGCGCUGGCUGUGGAACCCGCAUCGAUCCAGAUUACAUUAAGCGACUGCGUUACUGCGAGUACCUCGGACGCUAUUUCUGCCAGUGCUGCCAUGAGAACGCCCAGGUGGUGGUUCCCGGCCGUGUACUCAGGAAGUGGGAUUUCAGCAAGUACUACGUCAGUAACUUUGCCCGUGACCUGCUGAGCAAGAUUGCUGGAGACCCUCUGUUUAACCCCAGUGAUAUCAACAGUGGUUUAUACAAAAAGGUCAAGGCUCUGGAGGCGGUCCGGGUUUUAAGGGUGCAACUAUUUCAUAUGAAAAACCUGUUCAAGACCUGUCGAUUUGCUAAAGAAGUCCUGGACCAGUUGGACAGUCUACCAGGUCACCUGACUGAGGACCUGCACCUCUUCUCUCUCAAUGACCUCAGUGCUGUUCGUAACGGGGAACUGGCCCCCCGAAUGAGAGAGCUGCUUAAAACAGGCACCAUGCACGUAGCUGGCUGUGUGCUGUGCCAGGCCAAGGGCUUUGUUUGUGAGUUCUGUGGCAACGACAAAGACAUUAUCUUCCCCUUUCAGCUCAACAAAUGCCAACGCUGUGAAGAAUGCCAUGCGUGCUAUCAUCGCGGCUGCUUCUCAGCGGGCAGAGACUGUCCUCGGUGUCGGCGUCUGGCUGAGCGGAGGGAGAGGAUGGCCCGUAAAAAUAUGGAGGAGCAGGAGGAUGAAGGAGGCGGGACUUAACGCUGGGAGGAUAGGAAGCAUGAAACAGAGACAAAAACAGGAGCACAAACGCCGCCAUGUUCGUAGAAACAGACCACGGCCGGUCCAGACCCCAGACCGGGGUCAGUCUGUGAGCAUCAGGUUCUGGAUCAGGGCCAGGACAUGGAGACCAGGCCCUUUGACACAUGCACUUUAGUCAGCAACAGUUCAGCUGCAUCUGUUCCAGACCAUGUGACCUAAAAUAGGAUCAUUUUGAAUGAGAUUCUAUGUUUGAUGACCGGUUGAAUGAUCGUCAUGUCUGAAGUCUGUCCACAGAAUUUAGUCCAAAGCAUUAGUCAGGUCCAUGUCCCCACUCAUGAAGACACUGUUACUCUGUAUGUGGCUUUAGUGACCCCUAGUGGUCAUGUGUUCAAAGACAAGAGCUGGAUGACUCCAUUAAUGAUCAUGUGUUUGGAUCAUUCUAGAAUUUACGAAGUCAAUCAGAUUGAUCAGAUUAAAUCAGAAUGGGAAGUGCACUUACUUAAAUUAAACCAGGACAGUCUGUCAAAGGGACCGUGGAUGAUCUGUGGUCCUUCUGUCCUUUUGUAUGUCUGUGUGUGUGUGUGUCUGAUUUAAAGUCAUAUUCAUUUGGAUUUUAAGGCGACAGUGCCACCACAUCAGUGUGAUGCAGUUACAAAAGACAGAAAUGCAUAGAAAAUGGUGGUUACCAUGACAACGUCCAUCAGUUUGGUUGAUGGUUGGAUGUAACCGCUAUAGCGUAACGUCCAAAAACAUAUGUAACUGCAGUUCAUCAUGUAGGCACCAUAUGAGACAACAAGAGGAUCUGUGUGGAGUUACAGUUUUCCCCUUUUUUCAAUGACACUAAACCCUGACCUCUGACCCCUAACCUGAGUAUGUGUAGCUGAACUGAAGUAAACCUGUUUUUUCUAAGACCGUCUGAAUGUCGAAGCCACUGCCUUACAGGACCUGUGUGUUCAGGGUGUGACCAGGGUUAAACAUGGUCUGGACCUCUGCUACCUGAACCUGGUCUGGGUUCAGGGUCUGGGUCUAUGUUUGAUGGGAUGCUACUGGUUUAGCUCGUUUAGGUUUUACUGGAUCUAUUUUUAUAAAUGUGAAUGUUGGAGCACACAGUUGGGCUGAUGCUGGAUUUUACUAAAACCUUCAUGUGGACUUGAUUGUUUUAAUUUGAAAAUAUUGAAGUUUAAGUGUGUGUGAGUUCAGCUGAUUUAACGACGCUUCAUCUACUGGAGUUCAACAGAACCGUCAGAGUUCAGCCCAAAAAUACCAGGAUUCAUAAGAACAGGAUCUGUGUGUGUGUGUGUGUGUGUGUGUGUGUGUGUGUGUCUUGUCCUGCUGUACAUAGCCAGGCGGUAAAAGGCCAGAUAACUGCACUAACUGUGUGUGUGUUUUGGAGGAACAUGAACCUUCAGUGAUGUUUCUUUCAUGAAUCUGUUUCCAUCCAUUCAAGGGUCAUUUUGUCGUCAAUAGAAUCUUGUGUUUUGGAACAUUGCACACAAACUGUGGCCACUAUGCAAACCCAUGAACCCCAUGAACCCCCAUGAGUCCAUGUGUUGGACUCCAGAGUCUGUUCAUUCCAUCACUGAACUAAAAACACAAUGAGCCUCAUGGAAGAACGUUUGUGUUUCAUAUCUGAACUUUUUCUGCUUUGACUUGGAUGAUGAACAUCAAACCCAUGAAUAAACCGUGUUCAUGUAAAGACCUGCUGAGUGCAGACUUUGGAAGGUCCCUGAUCAGCCCAUGGUUCCUGCUGAAGGUCCCCGAUAAGCCCAUGUUCCUGCUGAACGUCCCCGAUAAGGCCAUGGUUCCUGCUGAAGGUCCAGGACCAUAGAUGGCUCCUGCCUGUAGAACAUGUUCAUGGGUGGUUCUUCCAUGAGGCCAGUGUUCAGUCCACUCAUGGACAGUCCAGUCCCACCUGUGGUUCAGGUGGACACUGUCCUACAGACGUCCACAUGCACUCCAGAUAUUAGUAUGUAUGAAACUGUCGACUACUGUCACUGAUCAUUAUUGGGUUAAUUUGUUUAGAUUUUGUUGACAAUAAAAGACUGUUAAAGGAG